AUGGCUGCUUCUUCACUCAUGGCAUUUCAAGUGAACUGCUCCGUUCAGAGGUCCUCCAAUCCCCUCAGUUUUGAUCACUUCAAGUCUAACCUCUCUACUGCUUUCAAACCACAUGGGAAAGAUUUGCAGCAAUCUCCUGUUCGAGUUGAUGUUUCGAAGGUGAUCAAGAAGGUGUACCUGAAAAUAUUGGAUGCAUUUGUCGACUCGGUGUUUGAGUUCGAUGACCAACCAUUAUUCCCAUCUCAGAGAAAUUUCGCGCCAGUUAGUGAAUUGGGAAGUGCCGUUAACAUCAGCGACAAUAUUGAAGGGCAUAUACCGGAUGAUUUUCCAGAGGGUGUUUACAUUAGAAACGGGUCAAACCCACUAUUUGGAGGACUAAAAUCAACCAAAUCCAUGUUUGGACGAUCAAGUCAUGCUUGGAUCGAAGGAGAAGGAAUGCUUCAUGCUGUGUACUUGAACAAAUAUAUUGACGGGAUGUGGACUUUACGAUACAAGAACAGAUAUGUUGAAACGGAAACGUACAAGCUAGAAAAACAAAGGGACAAACCGUCCUUUCUACCUGCAAUUGAAGGCGACUCCUUGGCCGUUUUGUCUGCUCAUCUGCUAAAUCUGUUGAGAUUUGGGAAGGUGAACAAACUGUUUAGCAACACUAAUGUCCUCGAACAUGGAGGGAAAAUCUACUCGAUCGCAGAAAAUUACCUGCCUCAAGAGAUCGACAUUUUCUCGCUCGAAACUCUAGGCGAUUGGAAUGUGAAUGGAGGGUGGAAUCGACCAUUUACAAGCCACCCAAAGAGAGCACCGGAGACCGGGGAGUUAAUUAUGGUUGGGGUAGAUGCGGUAAAACCGUUCAUGGAACUUGGAGUGAUCUCUGCUGAUGGCAAGGAACUAGUUCAUAAAGCCGAUCUCAAUCUCAAUAGAUGUCCCCUCUGUCAUGAAAUUGGGGUCACGCAGAGGUACAAUGUGAUCAUGGAUUUUCCAAUCACAAUAGACAUAAAUCGACUCAUCAGAGGAGGAACAUUGAUAAAAUUCGAGAAGGAAGAGUAUGCAAGGAUCGGGGUAAUGCCUCGCUAUGGUGAUGCUAGUUCAGUCUGCUGGUUCGAUGUGGAACCCAAUAGCGCUCUGCAUAUUCUGAAUUGCUUCGAGGAUGGCGACGAGGUUGUAGUGUGGGGCUGUAGGUCUCUUGAAUCAGUCAUUCCAGGCCCGGAUUUUGGUUUGAACAAAUAUGAAUGGUUUUCGAAAAGAUUGAAGCCAAUUAGAUCAAGCGAAGGAAGUGUUGCCACCUCGACAGAAGACGAAACAUCAUUCUUUUUGUGUGCGUAUGAAUGGCGAUUGAACAUGAAAACCGGAGAAGUUAAGGAAAGAAAUCUCACAGGAACCAAAUACUCCAUGGACUUCCCUAUGAUCAAUGGCAACUUCACAGGCCUUAAAAACAAAUUUGGAUAUACCCAAGUUGCAGACUUGUCAGCAAGCUCUACCUCAGGCAUGCCCAAGUAUGGAGGCCUAGCCAAGCUAUGGUUAGACGAACCGGAAGCCGGAUUUUCAUCGAAAGAGAAGCCGUUUGAGGACACGAUUAAGGUUGAGUACCAUAAAUUUGGAGAGAACGUCUUCUGCAGCGGAGCUGCAUUUGUUCCUGAAGAAACUGGAUUAGAAGAGGACGAUGGUUGGAUAACCACCUUCGUUCACGACGAAUCUACCGACAUCUCCCAAGUACAUAUAGUUGACACCAGGAACUUUUGUGGCGAGCCGGUUGCGAAAAUAAUGCUGCCCUCUCGAGUUCCAUACGGUUUCCACGGAACUUUCAUUGUCAAACCCCAUGUGGUGAGACCGUUCGCGGUUCGUGACGGCGAGGCCAUACAAGCUUGA